AUGAGCAUUGCUAUUGCUGGCUCAGGCGAUCUUGCCCGCUACCUCGUAGAGGAGCUUCGCCGAGCAGGUCAACCCGUGGUCAUCCUUUGUCGUACAAAGAAAAGCCAUUUUGAGCUUCCGGGAGUCACUCAGAAAGAAGUAGACUUCAAGUCUGUUGAUUCCUUGAAGAGUGCCCUGGAUGGUUCUGUGGCCUUGAUCUCAGUGAUUCUCGACUACACCAUGGCUUAUACGGAAAGCCACAUGAACCUGAUAGCAGCUUGCCGUCAGACUUCGACUUGCCGACGCUUCAUCCCAGCCGAGUACGGAACAGACACCGCAGAUUAUCCGGACCAACCAGGAUUCGAGUAUGCCAAUCACGAGCCGGUACGCCAGGCACUACGCGAACAAAACGUCUUGGAGUGGACAUUGGUAUGCUGUGGUUGGUUGGCCGAUUACGUGCUGCCGGUAAAGAACCGCUACAUCAAAGAUAUCGGUGACUCGGCUCCAUUCAACUUGUCAAGCAAGCGAAUCGUUAUUCCUGGAACUGGUAAAGAGCUGCUCGACGUCACCUCCGCACGAGAUCUCUGCAAGGCGCUUGUUGCAUUGACGAAAGCUCCGGCAGGAAGCUGGGAGCGAUACACUUAUGUCUCUGGCGAGAAAACUACUCUGGGACGCAUGUCACAGCAAGUACAAGCAAAAUAUUCAACCCUCGAGUUUACUACUAAACACAUCAGCCUCAACCAGCUUGUUAAUGCUGUACGUGAGGCAAAGACGCAGGAGGAACGCAUUGAAGCCGAGUACGGCAUCGUCACUCUGAGCAGCAAUGGUGGUUUUGAUCCGGCCUUUGUCCAAAAGCAGCGAGGAACGUACUUCAAAGAUGUUCGGUUCCGGUCGGUUCAGGAGUUGCUGGACGAGGUGGACAAGCAUCCGGACUCUAUCAUCUAA